AUGGACGAUUUAUAUUAUCCAUGCAGGGAACUUUCCCUUGAUGAGGGUAUGGUGCUGUGGAGAGGGCGUUUGCUCUUUCGACAGUAUAUCAAGGGGAAGCGCCACAAAUAUGGCGUAAAGUUAUACUCCCUUUGUGAGCCUCAGGGCCUUUUGAUUAGGUUUGCAGUGUAUUCUGGUGGUGAAGGUGAGUUAGGGGGCAAAGGCCACGCCUCUAAGGUGGUUAUGCACCUAAUGAGAGGGAAACUUGGUGUAGGCCAUUCCUUAUAUAUGGAUAACUACUAUAAUAGUGUUGCUCUUGCCUCCAAGUUGUUAGCAAAUAAAACAUACUGUACUGGCACCCUCAGACUCGACAGGAAGCAUGUUCCAGCUGACGUCAAGACAGCUAAGCUGCAGGUGGGGGAGACAAUACAAAGAUACGCUGAAGGAGUCAUGGUGGCCAAAUGGAGGGACAAGCGGAUAGUGUCAUAUCUAUCUACUGAACAUGAAAACAACAUUGUGCUAAUAUCUAAUCGACGUAAUGUGCAACGAGAAAAGCCCAUGGCUAUUGUCCAGUACAAUGCCAACAUGAAGGGGGUAGAUAGGAGUGACCAAAUGCUCGCCUACUACCCCAGUGACCAUAAAUCUGUACGUUGGUACAAGAAGAUUUUCAUACAUCUUCUACAAAUGAUAAUGGUAAAUGCCCACAAGUUGUACAAUGUUGCAAAUGACACCAAUACUAUGCAACUGUAUGAUUUUCGCUUACAGGUUAUUGAUGCUCUGUUACCUCCCAAACAACAAGCUCCUCCAGUGCGGCCUCCACGCAACCCGCUGCACGUUCUUUCAAAGACCACUGCGCUUGACAAGAAAGGACGACUUCUAGGAAAAAGAUGCCGUCAGUGUCUAAAGGAAGGAAGGCGCAAAGAAACUGUGUACAUGUGUGCGCAAUGCCCUGGUGAACCGCCACUGUGUGCGUUGGGUUGCUACGACAAGUACCAUGCGCAGCUUCAAGAAUAA